ACUCAAAGGGGAAGUCAGCCUGCUUCCUCAUUAUCAUCAUUUCUCAAUCUGACUUCUUCAGCCCGGCCACAUAACUUUGCUCUCCACCAGCUGGUCUCCCCUUGCCUGACCUGCAUUGCUCAGCCGGGAUGAAGGGAGCUCUCAAACCCCUCCUGCUCUCCCUCCUUCUGCUCCUCCAAGCUGGAGAAUGCCAAGAAGUAAAAGUGAUGGCUGCUGUUGGGGAGACGGUUCAGCUACAGCCCAAGACAUGGCCGUCAUCCUGGGUGGCAAUCAACUGGAAAGUGAAACUGCAUUUAGAGGGCUACUGGAUCCUCAGACACGAUGAGAAGGGUACCUCAGCCAAUCCAUUACUGAUCUUUGCUGACAGAGUCUCUUUCCACCCUGGGAAUCUCUCGCUGAAGAUUAACUCGGUCACAGAGAAAGAAAGUGGCCUCUACACCAUGGACCUGAUGCUGGGGGAUAGCUCUGGAAUCACCAAUAAUUUUCGGCUGUUUGUGCUUGGUGAGUUUGGGGGUGCCGCUUCCCCCCCCCCCCGCUCUCCCCGGGGCACCCAGCCCCUCUCACUGGGACUUCUCCUUCCAGACCGUAUCCAGCAGCCCAUCAUCAAGGCAUCUACUUCCCAGGAGCAUGGACAGUGCUACCUUACCCUGUCCUGCUUGGUGCCCAAAGCUGCCUGGGUCACCUACACCUGGUCUCAAGGUAUAUCUUCACAGCCAGCCCCAGAGGACCAUAGGCUCGAAGAGUAUCAAGCUGAUCUGCAGCUGGAGAUCACUAAAAGCAGCAGCAACACCUUCUAUCGCUGCAAUGCCAGCAAUGCCAUCAGCUGGGGCAUGGCCACCAUCGAUGUCGAACCACUGUGCAACUACACAGCAAACACACUUGCUGAGGCCUCAUCGCUGUCCUACUGCCAGGCCAAGGGGCUCAUCCUGCUGUUGGUGCUGGGGGUGCUGAUCACCGGAACCGUGGCAGUGCACAUCAUGGCUGGCAGGCAGCCGAAACAGGACUGAGCAGGGCCCAGCCCACACCAGCCCUCUUCUGCUCUGGGAGGGAAGGAUAGAAAAGCUGCAGCAAGGAGGAGAAGCAGCCAGUGGGCUGCGGGGUCCGACUCCGAGUGACAGAGACCAGUUCCUAAAGCGGGCCGGGCACCCUGGAGGAGAAGUGCCACCCCAUCGCUGCCUCCUACCGUGCCCGGCAGGGACAACAGACCAUGGCCCCCAGUCUGCAAGGCAGUCACUGGCUGGGCUCAGGGACCCACAGACAAGGGCAAGACACAACACCGCUGUCCCGGGGGAGCAGCAACCUCAAAACAAACUUUCCCUCCUCUGCUCUGUCUGCCUCUCUGAACCCAUGAGGUUGCACCAUGGCCCCCAGGGCUUGUUCAGCCAUCAGCUCUGUGGGUGCCAACAUCCCUGGGAGGCAGGAUCUCCCACCCCUCCUUGAAAGCCUGCCUCCACUGCACCCACCCCGGCCCGGCCCGGCCCCUGCUCCUCCACCCAGACAGGGCACUGCUCUCCUGCUGGGCCAAGGUGCUCAUCCUGCUGCCACCGGCCCUGGUGCCCAGGGGGAGGCUUUACACAGGCUUGAGCCUAGGAGCAGGGCCCCGCAGGGCAGUGGCGACGCGUAAGGGUGCACGCGGCUGCAUGUGCACCCCCUGAGCGUGGCAGUGGACCCGCUACCGCCGGCGGCAUCUGGGGCGGUCCGUGACCACCGCUGGCUGCGGCCGACACUGCCGGCGGCGGCUGCGGGUGGUCGGCGGCCCCUGGUGGGCGCUCGCCACCCCCGGCCCCCACAGCACCAGCAGCAUCCGCGGGAGCUCCCCACUCACGGCCGCCAAGCUCCCGACUCGAGCCAGCUUCCCCAGGGAAAUCUGCCGAGGUGCAGCAGAGACCAUCCACCACCUCGUGUGGCUCUGGCCAUACACAAGGUAAACCGGCUCUGCCAAGAGCUGGCAGCGCUCAGGCUCGUAAGGAGGGAGGCGGCCUUGUACGGACACCUGACUCAACAUCAGAGGCCCGGCAAAUGCUACACCCCCACAGGGAUUGCUCGGUGUGCUAUUAGCCAGAGGCCUCCAGGCGCCGGUUUUGAACUUUGUGCUGAGCUUAAGCUCCGUGCUUAGCUUGAUUUGCGGUCGAGACAAGCAUCUAGUGAAAGGAGCUGGUGGAAAAAUACUGUCCCUGCCCGAAAACAAAUCGGGAAGUUGGCUUACGAAAUUGUGUAAAUAUAGCGUGGACUAAAGAGCAAACCAACCCCCACCUAAGAAUGCCAACAUCACCUCGGAAUAGAGGAUCCCAAAGGUAACCGUAUUUGGCAAACACAAGUAAAAUGAUUAAUAUGCAUUAGAAGGUAGGCUUAAGUUGAUUUUCUGUAUUAAGAAAUGUAAGCUAUCUGGUAUGUAAAGAAAGGAGAGGGCACGGACCCUUCUGCACCUAGUCCUGGGCGAUCCGGUCACCGAUCCAAGAUCCAGAACUCAGACGAAGGAGUCGGGAACCUGGGACAAAACCUCACAGACUGCCCAUCCAGAGACGUCGCCUCCGUUCAACCUUGGGGUGGUGAGCAUCUGGUUUUUUUGCUUCUGACUAAUUACAAUUCUAAAAGAUAAUUGCUGAAAAUGCUUCAUAUUUCCUUCAGUGUUGUAUCUGAAAGGGUUCAAUAAA